GUGUCGCUUACAAUCGACUAUAUAAGAGCUGCCGGACUGGCAGCAAGACACAGUUCUGAUAAGAGAGUUGUCGAGUGAGGACAAUUCUAAAGAGACAGUUGUCGAGCAAAGUGUAAUCAAGUUAUAAGUUAGAGUUGUAAAGUAGAGUAUUGAGUACUAACGUGUUAAGUUAUAAGGAAUUAGAAAUAAAGAUUACCCAGCAAGUCAUGGGUACUGAAACUCCAAUACAUUCAAAGAAAUUUUAAUAAAACCACUACAUAUGCACAUAUGCAACAAAGGGCGAAAUGUGCAUAAACAUUUACCUCAACUCUUCUUUCGUACAGCACCCUGAAUGAUAGAAAGAAACAACCAAAGUCCUCGUGUUUAAACAAGUUUUGUUUUGAGCUAUAUCAUGGCUGCUUGUGAAGUAUUAUUUUGCGUGUUUUUUAAAUCAGUGAUCUGUAGCCUAAUUAAAGUUUAAAUUAUUGAAGCACGCAUUUUAAAAACGUAAAAUAAAAGUUUUCUAAAGCCAAAAUAUGGAAUUGAAGAGCUGAUACAUUAAUACUUCAUUGCAUUGUCAAUUCGAAGCACGCAAUAGAAGCUACGCCAACAAUGGUCAACAUCAAGGGCGAAACCAUUGAAUAUGUAAAUAAUUGUUGAAUGAAUUAUCUUGCCUUAAAUUCUAAAAUUUUCGAUACAGAUAUUUCAAACCUCAUACUGCGCGUUAAAGGUACGCAACCUAAUUGGUGCCACUUAUAGUAGCAGCGUAGAACUUUCGAAGCGAUGAAAUAUGUGCUGCAAGCAAAUUCAGAACUAUGGAUGCAAACGCAGCUACAUGGAACAUACAUCAUUGACACACCAGAUAUUAGGUUUAAUGUCACUUUUUUACGUGCAAUUAAACCUUUUGGUCAACACAAGCACGAGAUUUGGAACGAUAUGGUUUAGGAGGACGUUUUUGAUUCAUUUUCACCUUGUAUUGAGAAAUCAUAACGUUGUUAUAUCGCUUUACAAGGACAUGGAUUCACCGAAAUUAGUUCAAUGGAAAUACUACAGCAAGAGCUUGGAUGUUAAGACUAGCACGUUGCCAGUGUUAGAUUUAGAAUUCCUGAAACAUAAGAAAAUGGACGAAUCUAGUACUAAUGAAAUUAAUGAAAGAACAGAUCUUCCAAAUCACCUAAGGAAACCAAAAUAGUCCUCACAUAAUGUGCGCAGCUUACACUUCCAGGCCGCUCGGGGUAUUUGACAUUUGCCACUCUUCCUCCAGCCUUUGUCAGAUAGCAAAAAUUGUUCAAAUAUUCAAUACGUUUACAUAUGUAUAUAGUGAAGUACGAUAAUACAUUUAUAAAGUAAAUAUAAUAAUAAACACCUAAAUGGCA